AGAAAUACAGAAAAAGCAGCCAAAAUAAGGGAGCAGGUUUCAAAGAGUCGUCCAAUGUUCUACCGUCUUUAAAAAGUCAAAUGCUGAAAUCGAACUGCUCAUCUUUUCAUUUUCUUAACUCUUAGAAACAGUGAAUUUGAGAGGAAAAAGGAAGAAUUUUUUUUUGAAAGCGAGAUAGGGUUUUUUUUUUUUUGUUGUUGUGUAUUUGAUAAAGGGAUUUGUAGCUGUGUUUCUUUUUUUUUUUGGACUUUUUGGUCAUGGGAGAUGAGAAAUCGACGAUCGUGAUGGCGAGUAGAGAGAGUAGAGAUCGAGAGCUUCUUAUCCCAGUCGCUGACCCCGUUCAUGAUGAUUCCUCCAAACCGUCUUCUUCAUCUUCACCGCGUCAUGCCGGUCACGAGACCUUUUACAAAUUUGUCAGGAGUUGGGCUUCUAAGAAGUUUAUGACAGGAUGUGUCAUUUUGUUUCCUAUAGCAAUCACUUUCUAUGUAACAUGGUGGUUUAUUCACUUCGUGGAUAGCUUUUUCUCUCCAAUUUAUAAUAAACUUGGAAUUGACAUAUUUGGUCUUGGAUUUAUAACUUCUUUAACAUUCAUCUUCUUGAUUGGGGUAUUUAUGUCAUCUUGGUUGGGAGCAUCUGUCCUGGCCCUUGGUGAGUGGUUUAUCAAGCGGAUGCCAUUUGUUCGACAUAUCUACAAUGCUUCCAAGCAAAUUAGUUCUGCCAUAUCUCCAGAUCAGAAAUCACAGGCCUUCAAGGAAGUAGCCAUCAUAAGGCAUCCACGUAUUGGUGAAUAUGCGUUUGGAUUCAUCACUUCAUCUUUAACUCUGCAGAGCUACUCUGGUGAUGAAGAGCUAUGUUGCGUCUAUGUUCCCACAAAUCAUCUUUACAUUGGUGAUAUAUUCCUCAUCAAUACUAAGGAUGUUAUUAGACCGAAUCUAUCAGUCCGUGAAGGAAUUGAAAUUGUUGUUUCCGGGGGAAUGUCCAUGCCCCAGAUCCUGUCAACAGUAGACACACGUUUGCCUCUAGAAAGUAGAUCCGACAGAAGCUAAGAUAGGUAAUGGUUGUAGAGUUGUAUUUUCUCUGUUUUCAGAUUCGAAUCACCGGAUCACCCCACACAAUCAAUGUGUCGGCUAUACAGGAUUCAAUAUUUUGAUUUUGUUACUGUUGUAUGUCUGAUUCUGGUGGCAUACGUAACGUCGCUUGUUUACGUAGAAUGUAAAACUAUUUGCUUUUCAAAUAUAGUUUGAUCGAAAAUACAGACCAGGUGCCUGGUAGGUGAUUUGGUCUCGGAUCGUGCUUCUUUCAACUGUUACAACAGCAAUGUUUUUGUAGUGCAUAUUUUCGAGUUUCUUCUGCAGUCUCUAUGUUGUCGAAGUUCUUGAGCUUUGAUUUGAUUUAGUUAUGUAUCCCCCACUCUUUGGGACUUGAAAGUUUCAAACCCAAAUAGUGGGUGUAAAUAAGAAAUUUGUGCUCACAAGUUAUUUGAUUCGGGUCGAAUUUGAGUUUUCUUAUGAGUAAAUCGUGAAUGCAAUUUUUUAUUUAGUUUCGAAUUUCAAA